UUCACAAUUUCACAAACAACACCGUCUUCCCACUCGAAGCAAACACAAGUCACAACCCUUUUAAGAUCUCACACACACAAAUCAUCUUCUACAUAUACGUGUGUAAAAGUUUCGUACUUCAAUUUGCCCUCUUUUCUUUCAACCAAUUUUGUCUCGAUUCCACAAAUAGGGUUUUAACCCAAAACCCCAAUUCGAUUUUAGGGUUUCUUGAAUCGCAUUUAGGCGGGUUUACAACAUUCUUUCAAAUUUCAAAAAUUAGUUAAUAUGCCAAGAAGUAAAUCACACAAUCAAAGCAAGCACAGUUCGACGGAGUACUCCGAUAUAGACGAUGAUGUGAAGAUUAAAGAGACGAAUGAUUGUAAGCAAAAUGUGGUUUCUGGACAAAAAAGAAAGAGUUAUUCGAAUGCGAAUGUGUCCGACGAGUUUGCGGCUACAACGAAGAAGCGGCGGAGAGACCGGUGGAAUGGUGAUGAAGGUGAGGUUGUAAAUGUAGAUGAUGAUAAAGAGAUUAAUUCUGAAAGAGAAAACAAAGUUCAUAAUGAGUGUCCUAUAAAAGAAGAAAUGAGAAACAUCGAGUUAGAGAAGGAGCUUGAGAAAAGGAUGAGGAGACGAGAAGGCUACAGCGACAGAGAUAUUAAGCACAAGGAAGAGAGAUAUCGGGAUGAUGUUGAGCGGGACCGUAGGCACAAAACGGGCCGGGCCAGAGAUGAUACUGAUAGAAAGAAGAGAUCAAGAGACCACACUAGUCAUAGUCGUGGUGGAAGCCCGAUUUAUGAUGAUCGGGUUGCCAGGCGUAAAGAUAAUAAGGAUGUGAGAAGAGAUGAUUAUAAAAGUAAAGAUGAAAGUAGUGAUUAUAGAUCUCGUACCAUUCAUGACCAACAGUUAGAAUCAAAGAGAUAUAGGAACGAUCACCCUUCAAGAGAUCAUCAUAGGGUUUCAAAACACGAAGAAACUAAAUAUAGGGACACCGUUCAUGAAGCGAGAGCUCGCCGUAUUGACAACUCUAACACAGAUUUAUCUGAUAAAGUUUGUAUCGAUGAUUUAUCAUCCGAAAAGCGUUUGAAAUCUGAUUCCCAGUUGUCCCCGUCAUCAACAAAUAAAUUUUUUUCUCAUCUGCCACCUCCCGUUGACCCUAAUUUGGGAAGAAGUCAAACCAAUUGGAACAGUUUCCCGAACUGGCCUUACAUCCCGUUCCACCAUGCCCCUCCUCCGAUGUUCAAUCCUUUUAUGUAUCAAUCUCUGCCUCCAAUGCUUGGCGGACCACCGAUGAACACGAAUCAUGUCACCAUGCCUUACCAUGGAUUUGGGAACUGGGACCAUGGUAGAACCGAAGUGAACGAUCAGUCGUUGGAACCAAAUGUGGUUAGUGUUGACUUACAAUCUGCCGUCCAAAAACAUGAGGAUUCGGUUGAUGAACAUAUGGAUGAAAUUUGGUUGGGCCCACACAAUGAGAAUGAAGAAAAUGAUGUGGAUUUCGACGCCCCCGAAGUUAUGAAGGUUGCAGAGAGCUUCCAUGUUUCCAUGGUUGGAAAAGACGAUGAUACCCUUAUUUCUCGGGUCUAUCUUUCCAAGAUUGAUGUCUCUGAAGAGCUUACGAGGCCUGAACUCUAUGAGCAGUGCAAAAGCAUGUUGUUGGAUUUGGAUCAAGCAUCAUCGGUGUCUGAUGAUAGUCAUUGCAAGAUAUUGUUUUUAGAGGAGGGUGUCGAAGAUGAUAUCAGGAACGGCCCUUCAUUAUUUGCUGCUGUAGACGAUUCCGUUUUCAAGAAAGCCAUGUCCCUUUACACAAAGCAAAAGGUACACUUUACUGCAACGAACACGCGGUUUCUUGAAGAUCAAGAAAAAGAAAAUAUAGAUGUGGAUCAUCCAGUUAAAAGUCCAGAAACAGAAAAUAUAGAGGUGGGUCAUCCAGUUAAACAUCAAGAAACAGAGAGUUGUGCCCUAUCUAUUGGUGAUUCUGAAGUCAAAGUCAAAGUCAACUAUGAUGGUAGCAAGGAGGUGGACAACCAGAGUGACUCUGGUUCUUUGUUGGUAAUGACCAAUCUGUCGACUAGUGACUUAAUUGAGUUUGGGUCUGGAAAUUUAAGUCGGAUACAUUCUCUUGAAUGAGACUAUCCUCUAUUUGUGCCUUUUAAUUGACAUGUUGGUUUUGCUCUUAUCAAUCUGCUUAUACAACUGGCAUGUUGGUUUUGCUGUUA